AUGCCCCGGCCUUCGUUUGACGAACUUCCUCUCAACCCGGACGACCCUCCUUUUUCGGCCUGGGGUUUGUAUGGCAAAGAUGAUGAGCUGGGCACGUUGAAUCUCUUGACGGCAGAGACUGUUGCAGAGGCGGCUAAGGAAAUCAAAACCGGCAUCCGUAUAGGAUUGGAUCUCCCUCUGAACUUCCUGAAGCGGCCGUCGCACAACAGGCGGGCACUCAAUCAUUCCAUCAUCAAAUACCCCCGGCCAAACCAUGACGACGUUAUCGAACUAAAUACGCAGGUUUCUUCGCAAUGGGACGGUCUCCGACAUGUCGCCUUCCAAAGCCGACGACUCUUCUACCAAGGGGUGACUGUUGAAGAAAUCUCGGGCCCUGGCGCUGGCACAAAACUCGGAAUUCACGAAUGGUGCAACAACGGUGGGAUCGCCGGCCGAGGCGUUUUGCUGGACUAUUGUCGGUGGGCUGAGGCUCAGAAGCUCGUCGGUUAUAACCACAUGAGCGACCAUCAGAUAACUGCCAAGAAUCUUCAGGCCGUUGCGAAGGCACAAAACGUGAUGCUGAAACAAGGAGACAUCCUUCUGGUGCGGUCAGGAUUCACAAAGGGCUACAGUCAGUUGAAUGAUGAUGAGAAGAUUGCCUGGAGUGAGCAGAAGACAACAACUUGGAUUGGCCUGGAGACAUCGAUUAAUACUGCCCGUUGGCUAUGGGAUACAGGAUUCGCAGCCUGUGGAGGAGAUCAGCCCGGCUGGGAGAGCUUCCCUAUUUGGCAAAAGCCGGAAGAGGGAGGCCUAGAGAACCUGGCGCUUCACGAGGUGAUGCUUAGCGGAUGGGGCAUGCCAAUCGGCGAAUUCUUCAACCUCGAGAAGCUCGGUGAGGAGUGCGAGAAACGAAACCGAUACUCUUUUUUCCUGGCUAGUAUGCCUCUGAAUGUCCCAGGGGGUGUGGCAAGCCCUCCGAAUGCCAUGGCUAUAUUCUAA